AUGCGUUCCAGAUCCAUCAUUGCGGGAGUUUCUACCGCCGCCAAUCUUGCUGUCGCGGCACAAAGUACUGUGCGGAACCUAUACCAAGGCAACGGCAGCACAACAUGGCUAGAGAACUUGAGGUUGAGGUCGAAUGGCAAUGUCCUGACGACCGUCAUUGGCCCUCCCGCGAAUCUGCUCUCCUUUGAUCCCAUCCAGGAGGACCCGGAACCUGUUCUGCUCGCCACGUUUCCCUCCAUCCUUGGCCUGAGUGGCAUCACCGAGGUCAGCCACGACGUCUUUUACAUUACGGGCGCAAACACCACUGGCGAAAACAUUAGUGACCCUCCAAAGAACGCGACCAAGGUUUGGAAGGUUGAUUUUAACAAUGUCAAUGGCUCUAUCCCGACCAUUGAGCUCAUUGCUGAGCCCGUCCUUCCCCUCGUGACCGACUUUAACGGUUUGACUACUUUCAACGAGUCCAUCAUCUUGGCCUCGGCCACCUUUGAGGAUACCGUCGUUGCCAUGGAUAUCAACACUGGCGACUACUGGACGGCGUUUGCGGAUGCCCAAAUGUCGAGCAUCAACGGCAUCAAGGUCGGACAAGACGGCUACCUCUACUGGACCGCAUCCAGCGGCCUGGUGCGCGCACCAUUGUACGACAAUCUCACUCUCGGAACUUCUGAAGCACUCUACUCUGGCUCCUACGACGAUUUCGCUGUUUCCUACGAUGGAUUCGCAUUGGCGCAGAAUGGCACCAGGUAUGCCUAUGUGUCUUCAAACACUGAUGCGAUUCAGCAGCUCGUCUUUGACGACCAGACGGGCAAUGUGAGCUCGGCGUCGUAUGUCGCAGAGACCACGAAUACCACAACCUGGGGCAAGGCCACUGGUUGCGAUUUCGGUCGCACUGCUUGGCAAAAGAACAAGGUCUAUUGUGUCACGGGCGGUAGCUUGACCACGGGGUCAACUUUGGGCGGUCAACUUUUUGAGAUUACUCUAUACUAG